CUCCCUCCCAGUUGAGGAGAUAGAUCCUCUUCCAGGCAUUGAAGAGUGGGCAGGUGGGUGGGCAAAGGGCCCUGGUGGAAGGCUGGGAAUGUUUCUACUCUAGGGCAAGGAAGAUCUUAAGUUUAGAGCCAACCAGUGGUUCGUGAUGGUGGCUGGAAAGGAGGAAGAGGCUGUCUGUUUUUUACUGGCUUAACCUCCUGCCCCCUCUGUCUCCUGGGCUCUUUCUGGCCUCGGAACUGCGAACUGCGUUUGCUCAAAACUACCAUUUGUAGGGGGUGAGUGAGAGUGGAGAGGAGUGGUUGGGAUUAAGAGGGUGGCUAAAAUCAAGAUCUAUGGUCCCAGGGAUCCAGUUGGUGGAAAGACUCUACCUCCUCCCUUGGGGUUCAUAUUUGCCUGAGAGGAUGAGUUAAAUUGGGGGUGGGGAGACAGUUUCCCUAUCUCCUUACAACCCUGCUGCUGUCUCUCUCCAGGGACUCUGUAGGGUCUCCACUCUAUACUUAUAGUCUAUAUAUUCCAAACCAAAUCUGCUUCAGCCUUAGGGGAAGGGUUCUUAGGUGUGCCAGGCAUCGAGGAGUUGGAGGGUCACCUACCCUGUAUGCAGGAGUGGGUGUCCUGAAGGAAGAAGGGGUCGGAUUGGUUAACUUGGCGUUCAAUUUGCCGGUGUGAGUGUGAAGGGUAUUGUGCAGUGCGGGGAAGUGGUGGGGGUGGAGGGGCCACCCACGAGUGUGCAGUGGAGCUGGAGAUCCACAGGGGUGCUGGCCUCCUCGAGGGUGACUGUGGGUGGGGGGGAGGGACUUGCCGGCAGGGCAGAGGGAGGGGUGGGUCCACGCUGGGUGCACUUGCCCGCGUGUGUGUUCCGCAGGGAGGAGGAGCGGGGUGGGUCCACUCUGUGCUGUGUGCGGGUCCCCGCGUGCGUGGUGUCUGUGUGUGUGGGGGGGGUGCCGCGCAGGGGAGAGGGAGGGGCCGGUCCACGGCGUGUGCGGCAGAGCCCCGCGCCUCCUCCCGCGUGUAGGUGUGUGGCACACACGCAGCGAGCAGAUCUCGCGUUGCGCUGCCCAGAGCCAGCCCCCCAGCCUCCGGCCCCCCGCCUGGAGCGGAGGUGUCACUCUCUGCCCGCGUUGCUGCUGCUGCUGCUUCUGCCGCCGCCGCCGCUGCCGCCGCUGCGGGGCUAAGCCUGAGCCGGAGACCGAGCCUGAGUCCGAGUCCGAGACCGAUCCUGAGCCUGAACUGCUUGACGGCUACACCGCGCCGCCCCCAGAGCCUUGCGCCGCCACCGUCGCCUCCGCCUCCGCCGCCGCCGCCGCCGAGAGCCUGAGUCCAGAGCGCGCAGCAAGGGAAGCGGCAGCUUUCCGAACCCUCUCCGCGGCCGCAGCGAUGGCCACUACCGUGACCUGCACUCGCUUUACAGACGAGUAUCAGCUCUAUGAAGACAUUGGCAAGGGGGCUUUCUCAGUUGUACGACGCUGUGUCAAACUUUGCACUGGACAUGAAUAUGCAGCUAAGAUCAUCAACACCAAGAAGCUCUCUGCAAGAGAUCACCAGAAGCUGGAGAGAGAGGCCCGGAUCUGCCGUCUCCUGAAGCAUUCCAACAUUGUUCGUCUCCAUGACAGCAUUUCCGAGGAAGGCUUCCACUACCUUGUGUUUGAUCUGGUCACUGGUGGAGAGCUCUUUGAAGACAUUGUGGCAAGAGAGUACUACAGUGAAGCUGAUGCCAGUCAUUGCAUCCAGCAGAUCCUGGAGGCUGUUCUCCAUUGCCACCAAAUGGGGGUCGUCCACAGAGACCUCAAGCCAGAGAACCUCCUCUUGGCCAGUAAGUGCAAAGGAGCCGCAGUGAAACUUGCAGAUUUUGGCCUGGCCAUCGAGGUGCAGGGGGACCAGCAGGCAUGGUUUGGUUUUGCAGGCACUCCUGGCUACCUGUCCCCAGAGGUUCUACGCAAAGAGGCUUACGGCAAGCCUGUGGAUAUCUGGGCUUGUGGUGUGAUCCUCUACAUUCUGCUGGUGGGCUACCCCCCAUUCUGGGACGAAGACCAACACAAACUUUAUCAGCAGAUCAAGGCUGGAGCUUAUGAUUUCCCAUCCCCUGAGUGGGAUACUGUCACUCCUGAAGCCAAAAACCUUAUCAACCAGAUGUUAACCAUCAACCCUGCCAAAAGGAUCACAGCUCAUGAGGCCCUGAAACACCCAUGGGUCUGCCAACGCUCAACCGUGGCCUCUAUGAUGCACAGGCAGGAGACUGUGGAGUGUCUGAAGAAAUUCAAUGCCAGGAGAAAGCUCAAGGGGGCGAUCCUUACCACUAUGCUGGCAACACGAAACUUCUCAGUGGGCAGACAGACCACCGCUCCGGCCACUAUGUCAGCUGCGGCCUCCGGUGCCACCAUGGGGUUGGUGGAACAAGCUAAGAGCUUACUGAAUAAGAAGGCCGAUGGAGUCAAGCCCCAGACGAACAGCACCAAAAACAGCGCGGGAGCCACCAGCCCCAAAGGGACGCUCCCUCCUGCUGCCCUGGAGCCUCAAACCACCGUUAUCCAUAACCCAGUGGACGGGAUUAAGGAAUCAUCAGACAGCACCAACACCACUAUAGAGGAUGAAGACACCAAAGCUCGCAAGCAGGAAAUCAUCAAGAUCACAGAGCAGCUGAUAGAGGCCGUCAAUAACGGGGACUUUGAGGCCUAUGCGAAAAUCUGCGACCCAGGCCUGACCUCCUUUGAACCUGAAGCUCUGGGCAACCUCGUAGAAGGGAUGGACUUCCACAGAUUCUACUUUGAGAACUUGCUAGCCAAGAACAGCAAACCCAUCCACACCACCAUCCUGAACCCCCACGUGCAUGUUAUCGGCGAGGACGCUGCCUGUAUCGCCUACAUCCGUCUCACGCAGUACAUUGACGGGCAGGGCCGACCCCGCACCAGCCAGUCAGAGGAGACCCGCGUCUGGCACCGCCGUGAUGGCAAGUGGCAGAAUGUCCACUUCCACUGUUCAGGUGCACCUGUGGCCCCGCUGCAGUGAAGAACCAGCCCAUCCUUUUGUGGUUUCAUCCUGACGGAGACGGUGAUUGGAGCGGAGCCGCCACUCGCUGGGUGGUAGUGCCCGCCGCGUCAGCAUGCUCGUGUCUGCCUCGUCCCUCCCUCCCCUGGUGCCUGUGUCUGCAGAAAACAAGACCAGAUGUGAUUUCUUUUUAAAAAACAAACAAACAUACAAACAAACAAACAACCGGCAACGACUACAACAACAAAAAGCAACCAAUGAAAUGAGGAAAAAAAUACCACAAAAACACAAAAAACAAAACCAAGAAAAAAAAAAGCUGUAAAAAUCACUGGCGUUUGUGGGGCUUCAAAACCAACCAGCUGCUCCUCCCGUCCACAGCUCCAUGUGUGUCUGUCCGUCUGUUCCUCGGCUGUCUCGGGUGACCAGGUGUUGCAAUGAAAAUGUCCACAAGGCUCCACCCCCUCUGUUGACCCCAGUGUUGAACGGUGUUAGUUUGUUAGAUGAAAAAAAAAAACCCACAAAAAAAAAACUAAGGUAUUUUGCAUUCUCUCUGCCAACGCAUGGGCCUUUGCCAGUGGUGUACUUGCACGUGGCCGUCGUGAGCUGUUACCGUUUGUCUUUUCAGGGACGUGGGGCUGCUGGCUCCAGGUUUUCCUUUGCCUUUUCCUCUAGUUGUGCCUGUGGGUUGCUAUCACUCCUUCCUUCCUUCCACCCAACAUUCUUUCUUUGGUCAAGGAGGGAAGAGGCGUCCUUGAGCUCUGUCCCUUCUGUGCCAGGCAGACUGCUGGUCAGCCCCGUGUCCGAUGCUGUUGGAAAGUGACUCUGGGCUCCCCGACUCAGGAUGGGCUGAAAUCCCGGCACUCACACUAUGGGACAUCCUCUGCUCUUGUCAUCCCCCUCAACUAAUGGGCCUGUGUCAAGAACCUCCAUGUGCCAUGUUGGCCUCGUCUCUUACUCUGAAGCCUUGAAGGCUGGUGAUGGCAUGAAGGGCGAGCAGCUCUGGGUGAGGAUUGUGAAGAGCGCUGAGGGACAUGGUUGGGAGAGGGGAAAGAGAUGGGGGACAAGGACAUUCAGUGGUAAGAGAACCCUGGUCCUUUAGGACCCAUAUUUCACAGGUGUUGGCAGGCCCAGGAGUGGGGGGGACCUGGGUUGACCAGCUCCCAAGUGCCCAAGAGACAAUGCUAAGCUAAGGGGACUCCUAACUUCUGGAGACAAAGCAUCAUCUCCUACCAACUCUCAUUUCCUUUCCUGAGCCCUAAUAGCUUCACAUAAGGGAAGCACAGCCACCAGAAUAGUCAGGAGACCCUGGGCUGGGCCCCCAGGGCCUCUGUAACCUCUUCAGUUUAACCAGGAUCUUGACCCCCAAAACUGACAGAGACAGUUCAGGAGCCAGGACACUCAAAUAACCAGCGAUAGAAAAUGAGGGCUUUUGGUCCUCGGGAAAGAAUCUUUCUUCUUGCCUCUUCCCUCUGUCUGGUUGGUCUCUGCACAGUAGACAGUGAAUGUAUUGAUAGCUUUGUGGUGGUUCUUCUGAAUUUUGGCCUAGAGAAAACCUGCUUCUUAGGACUUAGGAUCUCCUUUGAUUCACUGUGGCCCUCUAAUGGGCUAUUCCAGGCUCUCUCUCCUCCUAUCAGGAUAAGAUUGGACCACUAAAAAAGAUUAUGUACAGACUCAAGCUUUUCUUCUUCCUAUUAGUCUCUUAUUAGGCUCUUAUUCCCCUUUGUGUAAUUCUUUCCAAACGUAGGGGAAUCAGUUAAGUCUUGUGGAAGACUACCCAGGGCUAUUGUGCGGGUGCUUUCCUGUGGAGGGGCCUCUGGCAUAGUGGGAUGGAAGAAAUCUAUGGGAAGGCAAGGCCAGUCUCCAUCCCACCUUCUUCACUGACAGUGAGAGAAGAGGAGGGAAUUCUGCAAAUUGGAAAUGGGGUUAGUCCCACUGGCAACUGGAGAAAGUUUAGAUUAAAUGAUUACUUCCUCCAGCUCUGUCCAGUAGAACAGUAAGGAUUUCUGCAAGUACCUGGUGAGGUUGUUGGGGAAUUCCCUGGAGAAAAAGGGCAAGUCAGGAAAGAAUAGGGGGGAGUCCUGUUUUCCUGGGGCUGAAAAAACAGAGCCAAAUUGAGCCCCGACACUGUUUUCUCUGGCCCAUGGUUGUGGUUUACAGAGUGGCUGUUUUUGGAUGGAAAAGUCAAGGGUCCUGCUUGUGCUUUCUAGAUUGGCUGGCUGCAGUGUGGCCCUGGCAACCUUAGGGAAUUCCAGGGAUAGUGUUUAGUUGGGAGCUAGAGCUGAAGGACGGUUGUGAAGUUGAUGCUCCCUCCUGAUAAUUACCAUCUGUCUAUAGUCCCAGUGGGGCUGAUAGGCUAUGGCGAACCAUGGCUUUUAAGUAAGAAGAGGAGAAGUCAUGCUGGUCCCAUGGUAGGUACUCAAUAAAUUCUUAAGGAUGGCUGCUGAUGUUGAAUUAAUUGAUCUCAACAGCCAUCCAAUUUAUUUAUUAAGGACCUACUGUGUUCAAGGACAAUACCAAUGGAUUGAGAAGGGGCAAGAGCUGUCUGGACAGUCAGAAAGCAUAGAAAACAGGUGGGAAUGAAUGGUUUUCUUCAAGGAACUUCAAUUGUCCAAAUGGAAUUAGAAUAAUAACGGGAGGAUACUGGUCUGAGCCCUGUUCUCAUUUCCCCCAAGGAUUGAGAGAGCAUCCCAAGGAAUUCCCUCCAGAGUCAUGAGAGAGCACAUCUAGAGAUGCUGGGACUUGGGGCAGGAAUGGCAAUGGGGCUAUUUGGCAAGGAGAGAGGAGCAAGAGGCAAUAAUCAAGGAGAGAAGAGAGAUAGACGUACACCAUCUCUAAGACCUGGGCCCAGUGGUGAAAAGAUCAGUAGUUUAAGAGAGGCCUCCAGGCAAAAUAUGGGAAGGAUAUGUUGAGAACCAGAUCUGUGUUCUUUGUCUAAUAUUCAGAAGUAAAAACUGUGAUUCUUAAGUUGAAGAUAACCAGUGCUGGAGGCAAGAAUUGGCUUCGUAGCAUCCUUUAGUCCAGUUCCUGCUCUGGCCUCAAAAUCUCAGGGCCUAACCUCUUUUUAGUCUCCAGUGUAGAUCGUCACAUUCCCUGGCUUCUAUGCUCUGAAUAGCAGAACUUCCUUGGUCUUCAUUAAUGAUUAAAGCAGAAUGAAGAUGAAAAGAAUUCAGGGGCUCCUGUCCCGAUUUGGCACAUUGUCCUGACACUUGUCCCUUCAGUCUCAUCCAACAAAUAUAAAGCGCCCACUAUAAGAGGCAUUGCUCUGGGCACAAGACUACAAAGACAGAACAAAAACAGAUCUGUUGCCCCUGAGGAGCAUAUAGGAAAAGGCACGUCAACCAACCAUUUAAGGUUAUCUUAUAAAUUUAGCCAGAUGGUUCUAAGAAGUAGAGAAAAAAAUGUAGAGAAGAGAAAAUGAAGCUGGGUGGAAGAGAGUAGGUGGCCACCAGGAAUGACCUGGAAACAGAGUGCUGUUAGGUGUUAGGUGUCAUUGUUACUGCUGGGUCAGUUGGACCUGGACUACAGCAGAUUGAUUGCCUGAGGAUAGGGAGGCUGGCUGCUUAAGUCAGACUGGAGACCUUAAGGAUGAGAUUUGGGCUGAGGUAGUGGCCAAGCCAUGAGUAGGAAAAAUUCAGCUUGGACAGUUCUCUCUCUUUGUCUUAGUUUUGCAAAUGUGGACAGUCAUUCCCUAAGGGUUGAGGGUGCAUCCAGAUCUCAGGAAGGCAAGACAAAGAGAGUAGGAUGGCAGGCUAGGCUGCAGAAAUUCAUGGCCUUUGUUUGCCUAGCUUCAUUGACUCAUUUAUACUUUGACUCAAGGUUGGGGGGUGGGAUGAUGGGGGGAGUGGUAUGGCACACAAUGGUGAGAAUUAAUUCUCUUUGGCUAAAACUGUUGAGUUGCUCAGGGAUGAGUGAGUGCCCUACACUUGCAGGAGUUGGUGGGCUGAUUGAUUUCUUGCUGAUGAAUUCUGGUCCCAUCCUUUCCUUGUCAUUUAGGUGUGGCAGUUACUUAAUUGGUCCAUUAGGACUCAAUCCAUUUGUUGGCUACUUUUGCCUAGGCCAGAGACUUUUAUGGGGGGUGGGGGGAUAGAUCUUCAGGAGAAUUUUCCUCCUUGCCAGGCAAAAUGCCAUCUUUAACUAGUGGAAGUAUUUUGCCAUGGCUGCUUGCAGUGGGGAAGAAAACCACAGCCCAAAAAACACAUAGAACUUUUUGAGGAAAGGUUAGUGAGCAGUGGUGAAAUAUGGGCAAGGAGUUAGCUUGGAAGAAAAUAGAGGCACCCCAGGUGUGUCACACUGAAAGCUAUCCAGUGAUAGAGCUUAUUUAACUACAGCAUUCCUUCCCUGGCUAAGUGACCAAGAGCUAAGAGCACCAAGAGGUGAGAAACAUGGUAUAAGGAAGAAGCCAUGGAUCCAUCCCAUGCCAUCUGCCAUUCUCAGAGAGACCUUGGAGGGGUCCAUCCUGUUCCAUCUUAUCUCUGAUUCCUAGGACUGAAGCUCAGAAUUACUCUAGAGUAAACUCCUUAAGGGAGGGUUUGAUUCAGAAGUAUUUUAUAGUGAACCGAAGGUUCCGGGAGGAUCUGAUAUCCUAAUGUCCACCCUGGCAUGCACCUAGAUUCUCAAGGCUGGGCCAAGUCUAAAGUCCUUUAAACUAAAGUUCCCAAGUGAGCCAGGGCUAUCUUAGCUUGGAGAGAUCGCCUUUAGAGUUUGAAAACAGAUGGGAGUGGGUUGUUUACUCCACCAUUUUUUUGUCAUCUUUUAAAGACCCAGAAGUUCGAACCAGACUGACUUCCUUUGACCAAGAUGGUUCUUCAAGUCUUAGAACAAGGGACAGGUCUAAAGCACUAGCCUCGACAGCUGGCUGCAGGGGUGAGGGAACCAUCCCUGCCACCUAUACCACUUAUCUUCCUGCUAUGAAUAAAACAAAAAUUGUAUAGCCUCCAUAUUCUUUACUCCCAGGGUAAAGUAAGUCAAAGGUUCUGCAAAGAGAGGAUAAGUACCUCUUGGGUAGAGCAAGGUGCUGACCAGAAACUCAGUGAGCCUCUGAAUCAGCUCCUGGCAGUGGAUAGUGGUCACCUUCCUAUCAGCCCACACGCUUACAAAUGUACACAUGUCCACAUCCCCAGAAAUGCCUUUGUUCAUACAUACAUGUGUCCACACUCAUAUGCCCAUACCCAAGUUGGACUUCAGCAGUGAUUUCAAAAGGUGCUUUUCAGACACUCCAAAAUGUUUUUCAUUUUAAAAACAUACAUCCUGGGGAGUUUAAAAUUGAAGGGUGAAGUAGAGUCUAGAAGGAAUCCAGAAAGAUCCAGACUCACAUGCGGGCAGAAGCUAGCAUCGCUUGAACUAUGAGAAUACAACCACCACUUCAUUCCCUGGAGUCUCUAGGCAGAGGCAGGUGGUGUCUGUACCAAGGAGGCAGGCAGGGCCAGGUAGAAAGCAUCUUCUGUUUCCAUACAGCCAGCACACUUCAUCCAUUACUCUAGCACAGUCAUUAAGGCCCUUUGGGGUAGCUGUAAAUACUUGUUACAUAGACCUCCAUUUAAUCUCACAUCAGAGGAACUCCCAGAAAGUUAGUCUGGCAUUAGGGAUCUCAGUAAUCCUGGGAUUCCUUCAUCCUGUAACUACCACCCUAUCUAUCCCCUCUUCAGAUCUAUUAGCCUCCUUCCUUUUUUCCUGAAACCCCUACAGAUCUCUGGGAUGAUGUAGGAUUAAACUUCCUAACCCCCUUUACCCCUCCAAACCUAAAAGUAUUCCUGAUGUGUUGAGCAUACAUUUGAGCAUGUUCAAGACAUGAGGCACUGUUGCAUUUUGCUGUACUUAUUGUGAGUGAGUGAUGAUAGAAUGGGUGGUUAUUGUCUACAGGAUAAGGAUUAAGCCCUGACCACAUUAGCUGGGUCACCAGGAAGGCAAUUUCCUGGAGGGAGGAAUGUUCUGGAACUGAGCUCAUAAAGGAGCUUGAGGUUUGAAAGUGUAACUAAAAGGGGCCAAGUAGAAAAAUAAUGAAUGGGUAGGCGGAUACAUGGACGGACGGACGAACGGACGGAUGGAUGGAUGGAUGGAUGGAUGGAUGGAUGGAUAACUAGAGAGACUAGGCUGAUGCCUUAAUCCUCCAAGGUUAGGAGCUGUGUAUACCGCUUCAGAUGGGGUCUCCCUCUAUCUGGACUGGGUCUGAUUUUCCCAUUUAGUUUGCAUGUGUUUCUCUUUUGGGGAAGAGUGACUUGGUAAUGAGGGCCCAACAAAAGGAUGGAAAUUGUUGUUUGUUGUAUGAUAAUCAGAUGAUGGUAAAGGCUGGGAUGGAUGGGGCUGCCAAGAGAGGGGCACCAGAGGUUGAUGACAGGGUAGGAGGGGAGAAGAUCUAGAAUUAAUUCAAUGGAACUACAAAUUGGAUUAAAUCAAGUGCAUUUAAUCCUGAACUAAGAGAGGCAUCCUUCACUGGUCACAAUUUUGCCCAUCCCUAGAAGCCAUCCAGACAACCCCCUAACACAAUUCCCUUUUAAUUUAAGUGUGGAUUUCUUUAUCUUGCCCUCCAAAUAAAACAAAGUGAGGGGAGGGAGGGGGAAGAGGGAUGGGUUAUCAUUGUGGUCCCUAGUUGAGGAGAGAAUGGAACUCUGAGCCCACAGGGGAGAGAUCAGGAGUACAAACUCUUUCAGUGGCAACCCCACAAUGUACACCCAUUUCAGAGUCAACAACAAAAUGACUAGGGGAUGCUGGGCUGCCAUCUUGUGACCAGUCGGGUUUUCCCUCAGUUCUUUAACUGAUUCUGAAUAGGUUUCCUGAAUAAGAGGAGGCUAGACAUUCCUGUCUGGGACUGAGUCUGGGCAGGGAGUUUUGAGGAUGAAGAGUUAUCAGUCCUCACCCCUCAACAAAGUGUGUGACCCAGCAUUUAGCCGCAAUGGGGACCAUGGAAAGCUUGUCCCACCUCCUACCCUCUUGUGUUCCGGGCCUCUUCACUCUCCUUUGCCAGUCAUCUUGUUAUAACUAUGGAGCUGCGUGUCUGGGGUUAUUUGGGGAUUUUGGGGGGGAGGGAGGAGGGGUAAUUUUUUUUGCAUGACCUCUAAAGAGAAAAACCAUAUAAACCCAUUGAUAGCUAGGUAUACAUAACUUUUGGCAUGUGUAUAUCUAUCUAUCCUGAGGAAGAGAACUUGAUGAAAGAUGAGCACUCUGUCUGCUCCAUGAAUGCUGGGGGAUCUUUCCUCUUUUUUGACUUUCUCUUCUUUCUUUUUGCUGAGUUUCAUUGUCUUUUCUUUCUGAGCCUUGUAAGUGUAAAAACAAAAAAAAAAUGAUUCUUAUUUUGUUCUGUCUCGGGAAACUGCAAAUAAAACAAAAAAAAAUGGGACAAA